UAGGUGAAAGAAUCGAGGCAGUAGCAGCAGCGAAAGGGAACAGAGUGGGUCUUGUCGGCUUCAACCAAACACGACCUUAUCAGCGAUCUAAUUCGAUCUACGCUCUUCUGCUCUUCUUUCCCCCCCUUCCUUUCCCAAACCCUAGCCUACUCUCAAUUCAACUUGCAAACUAGCACAUCACUUACGAACUUCUUCAACAUAUGGCUUCAAAUCAGAUUCAGUCAUCUACUACAAUUCAUGCAGGGGCAACCAAUGAUGCUUUAUACAAGGAACUGUGGCAUGCCUGUGCUGGACCUCUUGUCACUCUUCCUCGUGAAGGGGAAAGGGUUUAUUACUUUCCACAAGGUCAUAUGGAACAGCUCGAGGCAUCUAUGAAUCAAGGUUUAGAGCAGCAAAUGCCUUCCUUUAAUCUUCCAUCUAAGAUACUAUGUAAAGUGGUCAAUGUUCAUCUUCGGGCUGAACCUGAAACCGAUGAAGUAUAUGCACAGAUAACUUUGCUUCCUGAAGCAGAUCAAAGUGAGGUGGUAAGCCCUGAUGAUCCUCUGCCUGAGCCACCAAGGUGUACAGUCCAUUCAUUUUGCAAGACACUUACUGCUUCUGACACCAGCACCCAUGGAGGUUUCUCUGUUCUUCGAAGACAUGCGGAUGAUUGUCUGCCACCACUGGAUAUGUCUCAGCAGCCACCAUGGCAAGAAUUGGUUGCAACUGAUUUGCAUGGGAAUGAAUGGCAUUUUCGGCAUAUUUUUCGAGGGCAACCAAGACGCCACUUACUGACAACUGGUUGGAGUGUCUUCGUCAGUUCCAAAAAAUUAGUGGCUGGUGAUGCAUUUAUAUUCUUAAGGGGUGAAAAUGGAGAGCUCCGAGUAGGAGUUAGGAGGCUCAUGAGACAGCAAAACAACAUGCCAUCUUCGGUUAUAUCCAGUCACAGCAUGCAUCUCGGUGUUCUGGCUACUGCAUCUCACGCCAUUGCCACCGGAACACUGUUUUCAGUAUUUUACAAACCCAGAACAAGCCGGUCGGAGUUUAUUGUGAGUAUCAAUAAAUAUCUUGAAGCUCGAAAUCAUAAACUCUCAGUUGGUAUGAGAUUCAAAAUGAGAUUUGAAGGUGAUGAGGUUCCUGAAAGAAGGUUCAGUGGGACAAUUGUUGGCGUUGGAGAUAGCACAUCAUCAGUUUGGGCUGAUUCUGAGUGGCGAUCGUUGAAGGUUCAAUGGGAUGAACCAUCGUCAAUUUUGCGUCCUGAUAGAGUUUCUCCAUGGGAAUUGGAGCCACUUGUAUCUACCACCGCAGCAAACUCCCAGCCAGCCCAAAGAACAAAGAGAUCGCGGCCUCCCAUCCUGCCUUCACCAAUGCCUGAUUCAUCAAUGCAAGGUGUAUGGAAACCACCAGUUGAAUCUCCAUCUUUCUCCUAUCGCGAACAUGGCCGAGACCUCUAUCCAUCACCUAAAUUCAAUUCUAAUGCAGCCAAAUUUCUUGGUUUUGGCGGGAAUAUCUCUGCACCCAACAAGUCCAUAUAUUGGUCGAAUAGGAUGGAAAACUCUACAGAAUCAUUUUCACCUAUAGCACUUAAAGAAUCUGCUGAAAAGAGACAAGGCACUGGAAAUGGCUGUAGACUCUUUGGAAUUCAGUUACUUGACAAUGCUCAUGCAGAAGAAAGUUUGCCAACUGUCACCUUGUCAGUAAGGGUAGGUGAUGAUAGGUCUGUUCCAUCUUUGGAUGGUGAGUCUGAUCAGCAGUCUGAACCAUCAAAUGUUAAUCAAUCGGAUAUUCCUUCUGCAAGUUGUGAUGCUGAAAAAUCAUGCCUGCGGUCUCCCCAGGAGUCACAAAGCAGGCAAAUAAGAAGCUGCACAAAGGUUCACAUGCAAGGUAUGGCUGUUGGAAGGGCUGUGGAUUUGACAAGGUUUGAUGGAUAUGAGGAUCUGCUUUGGAAAUUGGAAGAGAUGUUUGACAUCAAGGGUGAGCUCUGUGGAUCUGAAAAGAAGUGGCAGGUUGUCUACACUGAUAAUGAAGAUGACAUGAUGAUGGUUGGAGAUGAUCCAUGGCUUGAGUUCUGUAGUGUCGUGAGGAAAAUUUUCAUCUACACAGUAGAAGAGGUGAAGAAACUUUCACCGAAAAUUGGACUUCCAAUUAAUGAAGUGGUUAAACCAAGCAAACUGGAUGCUGAAGCAGGUGUGAAUCCAGAGGAUCAGUCAUCCGUUGUGGGGCCUGGUUGCUAGUACUUCUAGUAGAAAAGCAAAACUCGUCGCCAUAUUACAAUAAACAUCAGAAUGGAAGUGUAACGCGAGAGAAAUUAGAUGAACUUGACAAGCACUUCAUCAUGGACUAUAGGAGCCACUACUGGUUUACUCUCUGUUUAUCCCAAGCGGCAUGGCAGCAUCAACACUUCCAAGCAGAAGACUGGUUUGAUACUAUGCUGUUUGAUCUGCCUGGAAAGAUAGGCUUCUGUUAUUUUGGGCACUAUGCUUCUUCCAAUGGUUCAUGUUCCUAGCUUAUUCAGUUUUGAAUGCUCCCCGAGCAUUAAGAAAUCAGUCUGUGAUCGAGUAUCUUAAUACACAUGCUUUGGUUUUCUUUUCUGCUUCUUGAGUAGUUAUCUCGAUGUAUUGUAUGUCAUUUCUGUAUAUAACCUUCUGUAAUCUUUGAAUACUAUUUAAUGUAUGUAUAACAAGCCAAAUUUUCAUUUGAA